AUGCACCACCACCGUCUAGUCUCCACCAUGAGUGGCAAACACCCCGGCUUCCUGCCCAUUGCAGAAGGCAGCACUGCAGGAAAAGAUGCAGCUGGGAGACUCCACUUGGGCGGCAUUGUAUUCGACAUGGACGGAACUUUGUGCGAACCACAGAAUUACAUGUUCGGCGAAAUGCGAGCAGCCUUGGGAAUCGACAAAGGCAUCGACAUCCUAGAUCACAUGCAUUCCCUCCCGGAACCACAACAAUCGGAGGCUUUUGAUAAGAUCAAGGAGAUCGAGCGGACGGCUAUGACGAAGCAGAUCCCGCAGGCGGGACUGGUGACGUUGAUGGAAGCGCUGGAUCGAUGGGGUGUCAAGAAGGGAAUCUGUACGAGGAAUUUCGACGCCCCAGUAACACACCUCCUGCAAAAACACCUCCCCUCUCACGUCUCCCCUUUCACCCCGAUCAUCACCCGAGAUUUCAAGCCGCCGAAACCUUCACCUGCUGGGAUCCUGCAUAUAGCGCACGCCUGGGGACUUGUCGAUAGUGCGGAGGUGCCGUCUACGCCUGUGGAGGAGAGACACUUGCCGUUGAUUAUGGUGGGGGAUAGUGUAGAUGACAUGGCAUCAGGGCGUGAUGCGGGAGCUUUGACGGUGCUGUUGGCGAGUGUUGGGAAGGGUCAGAGUGAGGAAUUGGUGAAUGAUGAAAGGUCUGAUGUGGUGGUUUAUAGACUUGAUGAGUUGGUUGGGUUGAUUGAGGAGGGGAUUGUGCCGAGAUCGAGAGAGUAG